AUGGGCUUCUUGCAGAAGAUUGUUCGCAACGAGGCGACGAGAAACGACCCUCCUGAGAUAUACAACGCUCGUGUCAUUCUCAUCAGUUUAGUGGCUUGCGGCGGUGCCCUCCUCUUCGGCAUGGAUAUGGGCAUUAUCGGAGGUGUAUUGACCAUGGACACAUUCAAGAAGCAAUAUGGCCUUGAGAACCAGCCCAAGACCGUGCUGGCCAACCUGGAGUCCAAUAUUGUUUCAGUCAUACAAGCCGGAGCUUUUGCGGGUGCCCUGUUCUCGACAUGGCUCGCCAACAGAGUUGGUCGACGAUUCUCUCUCAUGAUCGCUUCGCUACUGGUCUUCAUCGGCGUAGCACUCCAGGCUGCUGCUAGUGGGCAUAUCGAGGCCAUGUAUGUGGGCAGACUCAUUGCCGGAAUCGCCAUUGGAAUCGCUUCAUCGGUCAACCCGCUGUACGUCUCCGAGAACGCACCGCGAGGUAUCAGAGGUCUCCUCACUGGACUAUACCAGCUCAGCAUUGUGACUGGGUUGACGCUUGCAUUCUGGGUCAACUAUGGCUCUCUCCUCCACAUCAAGGGCCACACACAGUACAUCCUUCCACUGUCGCUGCAAGCAUUUCCAGCUGUUAUCCUUUUCAUCGGCAUGCUUCUCGCAAAUGAAUCUCCCCGCUUCCUCGCCCAGAAAUCUCCCGAUAAAGCUCUAGCCGUUCUAGCAAAGCUCCGACAUCUCCCAGCUGAUCAUCUAUACAUUCGAGAGGAGAUGGAUGGUAUCUCCCGCCAGCUUGAGGAAGAAAGGGCCCUCUCCCUUAAUGCCAACCACUUCACGCUCCUGAAGGAAGCCUUCACCAUCAAGUCUUACCGUAGACGCAGUAUGCUCUGCAUCACUCUAAUGAUGUGGAGUAACCUAACGGGCACUAAUGCAAUGACAUAUUACAGUCCACGGAUCUUUGCCAGUGUUGGGUUAACGGGAUCUUCGACCGGCCUCUUUGCGACUGGCGUGUACGGCAUCGUCAAGAUGAUUGCCUGUACCGUCUUCAUCGUAUUCGUCACAGAUUCUCUAGGUCGACGAAAGAGUCUGUUGUGGACUGGGGUCGUCCAAGGCAUCGCUCUCUUCUACGUUGGCUUCUACAUCCGCUUUGAUCCGCCCGUCACCGGCGAGCCCGUCACCGCUCCGGGAUACGUCGCUCUAGUAGCCAUCUACAUAUUUGCUGCCACCUAUCAGUUUGGAUGGGGCCCUGUCGUCUGGACCUACAGCUCCGAGAUCCCUCCCGCUCGUCUCCGCGCCGUCAUGAUGGGCAUGGCCACAGCAAGUCAGUGGCUUUUCAACUUUGUUGUCGCCAAAGCUACACCAAGCAUGUUUGCCACGCUUGGUGAAGGCGGGUUUGGAACGUAUUUUGUUUACGGCACUUUUUGCUUCAUCAUGGUUGUGUUCGCGUGGUUCUUUGUGCCGGAGACCGCCGGCCUUGCACUGGAGAAGAUGGAUGAGCUAUUCGAAAAGGAUUCGUUGAAGGACAAGCUUAUCUGGAGAAAGAGGCCUCAGAUGAGCUCCAGAGAGAGGAUGAGUGAGGAUCGGGUGGUGGACAAGAAGGAUGCCGAACAUGUUGAAGUUGUUUGA